AUGACGCAGAAAGAUACAUUUUUUGAUAGAACAAAAGCAAGCCAAAUUAUAUCAACUAUUUUAGCAGGAACAGAUAUUACUACUGAAAUUGAAUUGCCUCCACCUGCAAUUUGGAAAGCACAAGUUAUGCCUCAUAGAACAUUUCGUUUCAAUGAAUGUGUUUGUACACCCUACAAUGCAGAUUUUGAUGGUGAUGAAAUGAACUUACAUCUUCCACAAACUGAUGAAGCAAGAGCUGAAGCUCUUGUUUUAAUGGGAGUAAGUAGAUACAUAAUUUAUUUAUAUCCUGUUGCUUUGUGGACCGGAAAACAGAUAUUCAGUUUAAUUUUACGACCAAGUAAAUGUUAUCCAAUACUUGCAAAUUUACGCGCUAAAGGAAAAUCAUAUACAUCAAAUGAAGAACUUUGCAUAAAUGAUUCUUUUGUUCUGAUACGAAACAGUGAGCUAUUGGCUGGUGCCAUGGAUAAAGGAACAUUAGGAUCUGGAUCUAAAAAUAACAUAUUUUACAUACUUUUAAGAGACUAUGGAGAAAGAUAUGCUGCUGAUGCUAUGUGGAGAUUAGCAAGAAUUACUUCAUAUUUUCUUGCAAAUCGUGGCUUUUCAAUUGGAAUUGGAGAUGUAACUCCUGGUGUUGGACUUUUAAAAGCAAAACAUAAUCUGCUUGAUGCUGGUUAUGCUAAAUGUGAUGAAUACAUUCAAAAUUUAAAAGAAGGCAAAUUACAAGCACAGCCAGGAUGUACAGAAGAAGAAACUUUAGAGGCUGUAAUUUUAAAAGAAUUAUCAGUGAUUCGAGAUCAUGCUGGUAAAUCUUGUCUGAAGGAAUUACCAAAAAGUAACAGUCCAUUGAUUAUGGCUCUUUGUGGAUCUAAAGGAUCAUUUAUUAACAUCAGUCAAAUGAUUGCAUGUGUAGGACAACAGGCCAUAAGUGGACAUCGUGUUCCAAAUGGGUUUGAAGAUCGUUCCUUGCCACACUUUGAUCGUCACUCAAAAUCACCAGCUGCAAAAGGUUUUGUUCAAAAUAGUUUUUAUAGUGGUUUAACACCAACAGAAUUUUUUUUUCAUACAAUGGGAGGAAGAGAAGGAUUGGUUGAUACAGCAGUAAAGACAGCAGAAACAGGAUAUAUGCAGAGACGUCUUGUAAAAUCAUUAGAAGAUUUAUGCUCACACUAUGAUAUGACAGUUCGAAAUUCUAUUGGUGAUAUUGUACAGUUUGUUUAUGGUGGGGAUGGUCUUGAUCCAGCUGCUAUGGAAGGAAAGGACAAACCUGUAGAUUUUCGACGUGUUUUAGAAUUAGUAAAAGUAUACCUUGACUUACGUCGUUUCGAGUUACGUCGUUGGAAAAAUCCAUCUGUACUGGUGUUGGUUUUUGAUGUAACCAACGAAAUAUCUUUCAAUUCUUGUUCAAAAUGGUUGAAGAAAUUUCACUCAGCUACUUCUUCUAAAGCUAAUGCAAUUCCAGUACAAGGAAUACUGGCAAAAGUUGUUAUAGAUUACAUUUCAGAUAUGGAGAGUCUUGCAAAGAUGUCAGAAUUAGACCAACAAGAAGAUUAUGUCACUUCAUGUGCAGAAAAACUUGAACAAGUUAGAAGAAAAUUUGGAAUAGAUAAAAUGAAAAAUCCCAAACCAGUGUUCAAGCAAUUGGAAAGAAUUACAGUAACACAACUUCAAAAAUUUUUUGAUAUAUGUAAGGAGAAGUAUUUAAGAGCAAUGUUAGAACCAGGUACAGCUGUUGGAGCUGUUUGUGCACAAAGUAUAGGUGAACCAGCUACUCAGAUGACUUUAAAAACGUUUCAUUUUGCCGGUGUAGCCUCUAUGAAUAUCACUCAGGGUGUUCCACGUAUAAAAGAAAUUAUUAAUGCAAAUCACAUAAUUAGCACUCCUGUUAUUACUGCUGCUCUAGAAGUUGAUAAUGAUCCUGAAGUAGCACGACAAGUAAAGGGACGUAUUGAAAAAACUUUGCUUGGUGAGGUAUCAGAAUAUAUGGAAGAAGUGUUCUUACCUGAUGAUUGUUUUAUGUUAAUAAAAUUAGAUCUGGAUAGGAUACGAUUAUUAAAGUUAGAAGUCAAUGCUGAAACUAUACGAUAUUCUAUCUGCACUUCAAAAUUGAAAGUGAAGCAAGAAAAUGUAUCAAUAAUUGGUGAUUCAAUUUUAACUGUGAAACCAUCCGAAACAGCAAAAAGUUCAAUAUAUUAUGUUUUGCAGACAUUAAAAGAGCAACUCCCAUCUGUAAUUAUUAAAGGUCUGCCUACUGUAUCUCGUGCUGUGAUACACAUUGAUGAUUCAAAAGGAAAACCUUGUUAUAAAUUAUUAGUUGAGGGAGAUGGCCUUAGAUCUGUAUUAACUACUCCUGGAGUAAAAGGAAUAGAGACAACUUCUAAUAAUACUUGUGAAGUAGAAAAGACUCUUGGGAUUGAAGCUGCAAGGUAAACUUUACUAACAAUUAAAAAUAUUAACCAAGUAUGGUUAUUUAUAAGUUCUGGAAGCAAGGAUCGUACAGAAGAUCAGGUAGUGUAA